AUGACUGGUGACGAUAGUGGCCCUGAGGAACAACCUCAGCCUUUCAAUGCUACAAAACUCGAAGCCGCAAAGAAACGCAAAAGAUCAAGUUCACCUACGAAAGGCGCAAAGCGUGUCGCAAGGUCACCAUCACCUUCUGAUGUCUACAAGAGUCGUAGGUCACCAUCACCUGUUCGAAAACAAAAGCGCCCUGGUCAACGAGCACGAAUUGGUGAUUCCGAGCGCGAAGCAAUCCGACAAAAACAAAUUGAACGUGAAAGAGAAAUAGAGGCAGCCGUAGCUGCUCAAGGAAUUCACAAUGCGGUUAGAGAACAUUAUAAUGCGGUUCCACAGCGAGGUAGAGAAUGGCGUAAGACGGAUAGCAAGAUCAAGGGCUUGAGAAGCUUUAACAAUUGGGUCAAGAGUACGAUCAUCCAGAAAUUCUCACCAAAUGAAGAUUAUACCCCAGGAGCGCAAGAACGUGGAUCGCGUGGAGACUACCAAUUUGCUGAAGGACCAGAUCCAAGUCAAGAAAAGGGUCUGUUGGUUCUUGACAUUGGUUGUGGUAAAGGUGGUGAUUUAGGAAAAUGGCAACAAGCACCUCAAAAAGUGGAAUUAUAUGUUGGAUUGGACCCAGCGGAUAUCUCAAUUGAUCAAGCCAAGGAACGAUAUCGUGAAAUGAAAAGUCGUGGUGGAGGACGAGGUGGCAGAGGUCGAGGUGGAUACAAUAGACAGCCAGCUCGAAUUUUCCACGGAGAAUUCUUCGCUCAAGAUUGCUUCGGAGAAUCAAUUGAACGAAUUCCUAUCAUUCGAGAUGUCGGUUUUGAUAGUUCCGGAGGACCGGGAAGAUUUGGCGGUGGUGGGUUCGACGUGGUUAGCAUGAUGUUUUGCUUACAUUACGCAUUCGAGAGCGAGGCAAAGGCUAGAACCAUGUUAAAGAAUGUCUCGGGCGCAUUAAAGAAAGGUGGUAGGCUAAUCGGAUGCAUCCCUAACUCCCACGUCAUAUCGGAUAAAAUUGAGAAGUUUCACACUGGAGUUGCUGCAAAGGCAAAAGCGCUAGAGAAUGGCGAUGGUGAGAAGGCUGAGGAGAAGGUUGAAGACAACGCUGAGGAUGGAGAAAUCGAAGAGGGCGAAGCUGAAGAUACAGCUCAUUGGGGAAAUGAGGUUUACCAGGUCCGAUUUCCAGGCAAGACACCUACCGAUGGUGUCUUUAAACCACCCUUUGGAUGGAAGUACAAUUUCUUUCUUCACGAGGCAGUCGAGGAAGUUCCGGAAUAUGUUGUACCAUGGGAGGCAUUCCGUGCGAUUGCGGAAGAUUACAACCUCGAAUUGCAGUAUCAAAAGCCAUUCCAUCAAAUCUGGGACACCGAAAAGGACGAUGACGUCUUAGGUCCUCUGAGUGAGCGUAUGAAUGUCAGGGAAAGAGGCCAUGGAAAGCUUCUUGUCAGUGACGAAGAAAUGGAAGCUGCUAGCUUUUAUGUGGGCUUUUGCUUCUACAAGGUUUAA